UAAUGUUGAUACCAAAAUCACAAAUAUAACAAAACUGCAAUGGGGAAAAACGCUCAGCUUCUUCGUCCUUCCUUCAUGUGGUGAACUGUGACUGAACCCAGCUACGUAUUCCAUUCAUUUCUUCGAAUCCGAGCACGUUGACGUUGUUGAGUAGAGAUACAAAUUCUCGCAUUUCAUUCAAUUUGGUGAAAGCUUGUAGAAGAAGAUUCAUCUUCCAUUCAAUUCCUCUCAACAUUGGUGGCAGAAAUGGAGGCUCCACAAGGAGGAUCAGAGAGGGACAAACCUACCUCUCCGAUCACCGUCGUCUCCGCAUUCUGGAAAGAUUUUGACUUGGAGAAGGAGAAAUCCAUAUUGGAUGAACAAGGACUUCGAAUUGCAGAGAACCAGGAAAACAGUCAGAAAAAUAGGCGGAAGCUUGCAGAGAGCACCAGAAAUUUCAAGAAAGCUUCACCGGAGGAUAAGUUGAAUUUGUUUAAUACCUUGCUUAGGGGGUAUCAGGAAGAGGUUGAUAAUCUUACGAAGAGAGCAAAGUUUGGAGAAAACGCUUUCCUCAACAUCUAUCAAAAGCUCUAUGAAGCCCCAGAUCCUUAUCCAGCUCUUGCCUCAAUUGCUGAGCAAGAUCUCAAGUUGUCUGAGCUCGAAUCUGAAAACCGAAAAAUGAAAGUUGAGCUUGAGGAGUUUAGAACAGAGGCAACUCACUUGAAGAAUCAGCAGGCUACGAUACGAAGACUUGAAGAACGAAGUAGGCAGUUAGAGCUGCAGAUGGAAGAGAAAGUAAAAGAAAUUGUGGAGAUUAAGCAGCGCAAUCUGGCAGAAGAGAAUCAGAAAACAUUAGAAAUUUUAAAAGAAAGGGAACAGUUACUGCAGGACCAACUGCAGAGUGCAAAAGAAAGUGUUUCUACUAUGCAGAAAUUACAUGAACUUGCACAAAACAAGUUGUUUGAACUUCGUGCUCAAUCUGACGAAGAGAGGGCAGCUAAGCAAGCUGAGGUCAAUCUGCUGAUGGAUGAAGUUGAACGAGCACAAACAAUGCUCCUUGGCUUGGAGAGAGAGAAGGGGGUUCUCCGAUCUCAGUUACAAACCACAAAUCAAGAUGGUGAAAUUAAGAAGAGUGAUAAUUCAGACUCAACUGUUGCACUUGAGAAUUCUUUAAUUGCCAAAGAUAGGCAAAUCUCUGAAUUGAACAUGGAGCUACACAAUAUUGAAACAACCUUAUCAAAUGAACGUGAAGAACAUAUGAAAGAUGUCAAAAAAUUUACUGCACUGCUCAAUGAAAAGGAGGCUUCUAUUGAGGCAAUGAGGAAAGAGCUUCACGCAAGGCCAACAGAAAAGAUGGUUGAUGAUUUGCGUAAGAAAGUGAAGAUUUUGCAGGCAGUGGGUUAUAAUUCAAUUGAGGCUGAAGACUGGGAAGUGGCAACAAGUGGGGAGGAGAUGAGCAAGAUGGAAUCUCUUCUUCUUGAUAAGAACCGAAAAAUGGAACACGAGCUAACACAAUUGAAGGUGAAACUUUCUGAAAAAACUUCUUCACUCGAAAUAGCAGAACAGAAGGCAGUGGAACUUACUACUAAGGUUAAUGAACAACAAAAACUGAUACAAAAGUUGGAAGAUGAUAUAUUAAAGGGCUAUAGUUCUAAUUCCAAAGAUCAUAAAGGAUUCCCUGAUGACUGGGAUCUAUCCGAGGCUGGUAGGAGUGAGGUGUCUGAGAAUAUGGAUCAAAGGCAUGCCUUAGAUCAAGAUCAGAGCUCAAUGCUUAAGGUAAUCUGUAAUCAGAGAGAUCGAUUCAGAAUACGCUUGCGAGAGACAGAAGAGGAAAUAAGGCAGUUGAAGGAGAAGAUUCGGGUACUAACAGGGGAACUUGAAAAGACCAAAGCAGAUAAUGUCAAGCUAUAUGGGAAGAUUCGUUAUGUCCAAGAUUACAAUACGGCGAAAGUGGUCUCUAGGGGUUCUAAAAAGUAUGCAGAAGAUCUUGAAAGUGGUUUCACGUCAGAUGUUGAAUCUAAAUACAAGAAGAUAUACGAGGAUGAUAUAAAUCCUUUUGCUGCAUUCUCAAAAAAGGAAAGGGAUCAAAGAUACAAGGAGUUGGGAUUCAGGGACAGAAUCACACUCAGCAGCGGACGUUUUCUUCUUGGUAACAAGUAUGCCCGUACCUUUGCAUUCUUCUAUACCAUCGGGCUGCAUAUGUUGGUCUUUACCUGUCUCUAUCGAAUGUCGGCUCUGAGUUAUCUUAGCCAUGGCCCAGAGGAACCUCUGAUUGGAGCGAGAAAGGUUGAUCUUCCGCGUGGACCUUAGUUGAUAUACAGCUUAUUUUCUGUAGUCAGUUUUCUAAUGGAAUGAAAACAAAUUGUCAAUAUUCUAAUAAUAUAUCAAGUGUCUUGUACAUAUAACAACAGUGUUUUGUUCGAAUAUAAUAUAUAUUGAUGCAAUGAAAUAUAGAGGUUCUUUCUGGUGC